UAUGUACUGUCUGUUUCCUGCAGCAGAGGAGAAGGAGGUGGUGUCGAGAGACUGGCAAGAUCCAACAACAUCGCAACCUCAACCAACACCACUAUACAAUGAAAUUAUCAUCAAUAAUACCCGCUCCCGAACUGCACUACUUCACCCUUCUGCUGGUAACGGGUCUGUAUACUCCAGGACGAGGAGAGAUCACCAGUCUGGAUGCUGGAAACAUCGAUGACAUCCUCAACAAUGCAGGGGUGGCUCUAGUCAACUUCUAUGCAGACUGGUGUCGUUUCAGUCAGAUGCUCCAUCCCAUCUUUGAGGAGGCGUCGAAUAUAGCGCGGGAGGAAUUUCCAGACACUACACAGGUGGUGUUUGCCCGGGUGGACUGUGACCAGCACUCUGAUAUAGCCCAGCGUUACAGGAUAAGCAAAUACCCCACAUUGAAGCUGUUCAGGAAUGGGAUGAUGAUGAAGCGAGAAUACAGAGGUCAAAGGUCAGUGACCGCCAUCGCUGAUUUCAUCCGCCAGCAGAAAGUCGAUCCAAUCAAAGCGAUAGAAAAUCUGGAGGAAAUCAGCAGUAUAGAUAGGAGUAGACGCACCAUCAUUGGUUACUUUGAAAAAAGGGACUCUGACAAUUACCAUACUUAUGAGAAAGUGGCCAACAUCCUGAGAGAUGACUGUGUUUUCCUGGCAGCUUUUGGGGAUGUUUCUAAGCCUGAGCGGUUCAGUGGUGAUAAUAUUAUUUAUAAGCCAAUGGGAGAGAAUGCUCCUGACAUGGUCUACAUGGGCUCACUCACAAAUUUUGACCUCAGCUAUGCCUGGACACAAGACAAGUGUGUGCCUCUAGUCCGAGAAAUCACAUUUGAAAAUGGAGAGGAACUGACGGAGGAGGGCAUCCCGUUCCUGAUCCUCUUCCAUCAGAAGGAUGACACAGACAGUCUGGAGAAAUUUCAGCAAGAAGUGGCUCGCCAGCUUAUCAGUGAAAAAGGUUCUAUAAAUUUUCUUCAUGCCGAUUGCGAUAAGUUCCGGCACCCUCUGCUGCACAUUCAGAAGACCCCCGCUGACUGCCCUGUUAUUGCCAUCGAUAGUUUCCGCCACAUGUAUGUCUUCCCAGAAUUCAGCGACCUCGCGGUUCCAGGAAAGCUGAGGCAGUUUGUUUUGGACCUGCACUCAGGAAAGUUGCACAGGGAGUUCCAUCACGGCCCAGACCCCACAGACAGCACUCCAGGACAGCAGGAGGAGAAUAGAGAGGUGGCCAGUAAUCCCCCAGAGAGUUCCUUCCAGAAAUUGGCCCCCAGUGAGACGCGCUACACCAUCCUCAGGGACCGGGACGAGCUGUGAUGUCACAACCGCAUCGAGACCCAACCCAGAACCCAGCA